GAUUAGACUCUAUGUCAUAAUUCAAGAUGGCGCUGCCCAUGAAGCAACUUGUGUGCCGAUUUCGUAAUAUUUUACCCACUGUUGUACGCUCCUUGAGCACCAAACAAUUAUUCACAAAUCAUUUUCAUUCGAUUAGCAGUAAUAAUCACAUGAAAAUAACCCACUCAACGGUUGUCUUACGUCAUAUUCAUGCUGCAAUUGCUGGUGGACUAAGGCAUGGUGAUUAUGAAUAUGAAGAACCAAAGUCUCCUGAGGACGUAGUAACCAUCACCUAUGUGACGAGAGAUGAUGAGAGAAUAGAAGUGAAAGGAAAAGUUGGUGACAAUGUCAUGUAUCUAGCUCACAGACAUGCUAUUGAAGUAGAAGGUGCUUGUGAGGCUUCUCUUGCAUGUUGUACCUGUCAUGUUGUCCUACAAGAUUCAUAUUAUGAUAUACUACCAGAAUCAACAGAAGAAGAGGAAGACAUGUUGGACCUUGCCCCUUUUCUGACGUCAACAUCAAGAUUAAGUUGUCAAAUUAUUUUAAGCAAAGAGCUGGACGGCAUGGUGGUGCAGCUCCCAAAAGCGACUAGGAAUUUCUAUGUAGACGGACAUGUACCCCAGCCCCACUGACCUUCACUGCUCAGAUGACCUUGAGGCUGAUGCGUGGGGUCAUGCAGGGUCUCAUGAAACAGGGUCAGAGAGGAAGAGUUUUUUAUGUUGAACAUUCUUCAUGAUGACUGUUGGAACGAUGAUAUUGUGAGUUUCUUGGUUGGAAGAAGAACCUGUUGGAAACAUCUAAGUACUGCAUGCAUCCUGUUCGUUCUUUUGACAAUACUUGAACAGUGUGGAACCUCAGUCAUGUGCAAGAAAGUUGAAGGAUGUUUUCCUGUAAUGAACAAGCUGUAUUAUGUACCUACAUGUAUAAUAAUCAUGGUGGUGUUACACAAAUGGGUUUGAUAUUAUAUCGACUACUGCAAAAUGUCUACAGGGGCCAUAUUAAAGUCAAUCUUAAAUGAUAAUAAUAAUAUUUAGCUUUUAUAUAGCGCUUAAUACAAUGUCUCUAAGCGCUUUACAAAUAUACUAUUACCCCGGUCAUUGGAUUCAGUGCUUGCCCGCACACACUGUGUGCACAAUCUGGGGAGCAUUCCAGCCAGGCGUUACUUGAUGCUCGAAAACUGUUUGACCAACAAUGACGGUCGCAUCCUACCUAAAGGGAUAGUUAAGAUUUUUUCCCCCAAUGAUAUUUCAGUCACACCACUAAACCAUUUUCAUUCAGUCUAACUUUAAUGUCAGUCUAGUGUCAGUCUCGCUGGUGUGACUGAGGAAUGAAUACCUGAUUAAUGUGAAUAAAAAUGUGAUGCAAUAACAUAUAUGGUAAAACAAGUAGUAAAUUUGUAAUAUAAUAUUUACUGUCUACCCCAUAUUCAGGUUGGAUAAUCUUGGAUUUCCCUCAAAUUGGGGAAAUCCAAUCAAAUGAUUUGCUUCUGGCUAUCUGUGUGCUACUCAAGGGUAAUGGGUACAGUGUAUAUAUAGUCUCAAGAAUAUAAAAGGAGAAUGCAUACACAAUGUUAGUUUUUAUUGUUGCUCAUUUACGUAUGCAUCUGUUUUUACAAUUUACAGUGGAUGAAUGCAUAAAUUUAGCUCCGCUUUCAAACUGAUAUUUCAACAAUUGAUGAGCACAAAAAUAUACCACCGGGUAAUUAUUGUCAGCCUCUGAAAGAAUUAUUGGUAGCACCUUGCUAAUAGAGAUAGUGAAUCGAGGCACUUGCUCUCUCGUUUGUAUCUUUUGUUAGAAUAAGUUUGUUCCUGAGUAUGGUAAGCGUAAGAAUUUGAGAAGCAUCUUGGACUAUGAAGUACAAACAGUACCUGUUUUCUAGUGUCGUUCAAAGUGCAGUGCUGUUUUCAAUCUACCAGUAUUUACAUGCAUGCUUGUAUUAUGGCCAGUAUAAAUGAUUUUUAUAUUCUUACCCCAAGCUCAUUGCCAGAAUAUUUUCUUUGGAAAAAUGUUGCUAAUUCUUUAUUCUCAAUAAAUCAUCAAAGUAAAUACCAGGUAUGUACUUCAAUUUCUGAAUAACAUCUAAUUAUUCUUAACAGAAAUACUUGUUUGAUCUUUUUUGGUGUCAUUAAAUACAAUGAUGUCAUUAUGAAAUUAAUCAAUAAAGCUAUUAUUGUGCAAUGACUGUAAAUACAUUGAUAGUAUACUAAUAGAUGUACAACAUGCAGUAAGCUAAAGUACACCAAUGAUAAAUACAUGUAAUUGUACUGCAUUUGAAGCGCACAAAUAAUAUUCUUGUAUACAUGAUUAUAUUAAACCUAUACAUGUACUAAUUGGUUUUUAAGAGAGUUUAUUUCUUUUGUUGUGAAUGCUUUAUCAUCUUCCAGAAAUUUGUUUUUCAAGGAAU